UGAAGUCUUGGGUGUCGCAGUUUUUACUCAGCACCUGGCCCGCACACUUUUAAUAAAUUAUUAGGUCGAUGAUUAUUUGAUUCAUUUUUUACAGAGUUUCAAUCAAAAAUUAAGUAAGGUAAGAAACAAUCAAAAUUAUUUAAAUAUUGAUUCUCUACGCUCGGAAUAUAUUGGUCGUAUAAAGCUGUUUAUUUAUUUAUUUGUCUUUUUUUUUUUUUAACUGAGAAAAACAUUUGUACUAGAAAUCUUGAUCCGAUUUUUAAUGUUUUCACAUCUGUAGAUUAACAAUGUGGGACAUUUUUAGAGAGAUAAUUUUUGACGAUUUUAUUAUGAUUAUUGAUUAUAGUUACAGCAAUGAAUAGUUAAAAAAUACAAUUUUUAGAUAAUAUUAUGAAUAAGUAAAACGGUUUGACAGUGACGAUUUAUAAUGAAGAUAACAAGGCUAAUACAUAGUAUAUAAAUGUAGGUUGACCGGUGACCGGUGCAUGGUAAUUUUGGGUAAACAUUUUUAUUUUUUUUUUUUGUUGCGUUUUCCUACUUUUUGCUUUCUAGAUCCUUCGUCGGUCUAUUCUAAUAAAAGUAUUUUUACGAGUGGCAAUAACUAAUUUUACAUUUUCUGUUUCCUCUAUUAUUUUUACUUCGUUCAAAAUAUUUUUUUUAAAAUCCUACAAAAAUCUUGUGUGGAACCUCAUUUGUAAGAAAAUAUUUUUAUUUCACCCUCGAACAGUAAAGUGACAAAUAAUAAUGGUAAUGAAACAUUAAAGAGUUGCUUUUUUCUUAAAUUGUCAAACUAAUAAUUUAAAAAAAUUAGCGAUUACUUUUAAUGAAUUGCCUUAUUUAUUAAUCAUUUCGACUUCCAAAAAUUCUAAAUUUUUAGGAUGCAGAUGUUUCAUGUUCUUCGUUCAGCAUACUUCAAUUACUCAAUAUUUGGAUAUCCGGUAACUGAAACACAGUCGAUGGUUUUCGUAGUGUUUAUGGUUUUUGCUAUAUUGUUAUGUUAUGACAAAUGGAAUCGUUGGCCCUAUGAAACAUUAGCUAACAAAUUGAGAGGUCCGCCGGAUUAUCCGAUUAUAGGGUCAUGUUUGGAAGGCUUUGGUGGUAAGAGAAACAAAUUAUUUUAUGUUUGUAUUGUAUUUAGCCUAAUAACUGUACAUUAGUACUGUACUUAAUUGCUAGGUUACUACGAAAAAUUAUUGAAUUAUGGACAAUCAUACAACUACGGUUCAUUUAAAUUAUGGGCUGGUAAUAAAUUAAUCGUUGUCAUUUCUAAGCCAGAAGAUCUUCAGGUAAUUAUUUUUUAUGAAUAAAUAAUUUAAAAUUAUCAAUAUAAAUGUCAACAUUCAUCUUGAACAUAUAAUGUAUUAAAAAAAAUAACUACGGUUAAUUAACGUACAUUUAAUGUUCAUUCAACCAUAUUACAUAUGUACAAUACAACUUUAGAUUUAAAAAAUAAACAAAACAAUUAAGCAUUCAAAUUAUAUAGUCAUAUAAGAUUAAACAUUCAAUUGAAAACGGGCUAAAUUAACCUCAGAAUAGUAAUAUCUCAAACCUAACAUAUCAAAUGUCUAUAAAAGGCUUAAUAUUCACAGUAUUCUAUAAAAAUUAUAGGUCUUUUAUCAGUUAGUAUCCAAUUAAGUAAAAUAUAAAUAGGUAAUGUGGACAUUUUUCCUGUUUCGAUAUAAGUAUGUCACUUUUCNUCAUACUAUUACUGGCUAAUGAUUAGAUAUAAUGAUAGUAUGUAAACCAAAAAUAUAGGGUAAUAAAAUUAUACUUUUCCAAAAAAAAAACAAUGCUAUGUAGAAAAAAAAAUACCGCACAUAUACAAAAGUUACACCCAGUUAAAUCUUUCUAAAAAUACAUUAUAAAACACGGGCUUUAAUAUAAACUAUACAUACUAAAUUCAAUUUCUAAAUCAAUUUUUUUCAGAUUAUUUUUAAUAGUUCGAAGGCCUUAGACAAAGGAUUUUUGUAUAAUAUGGCUACUAAAUUUUUGGGUGAGAGCUUGAUAACAGCUCCAGGUAUGUUCAUAUUGUUUAUUAGUUUAGCACAUUUAAUCUUAACGUUCAACUAUGGUUUACCAAUUUAUUAAUGUAGCUAUGAAUUCAAAUAAGUGUUCUUUAACCGAACCUAUCCUGUGUAAACAGGUCUUCUAAUAUUUGUUUUUUUUUAAUAUUUUUCAAGUUAAAAUUUAGGAUAGAUACUAUACUAAUUAGUUCCACCAUUUAAAUCUUCGCAUGGCUCAAAUGUCUUAUUAAAAUUAUUACAGUAGAUAAAUGGAAAAUACAUCGACGUUUGAUAAAUCCUUUGUUUAAGUACGAAAAUAUAAAAGAAAUGUUUUUCCCGAUUUUUCAAGAGAAAUCAAAACUACUAAUUCAGAAUCUACAAAAGGAAAAGGGUAAAACACAACCGUUUGAUAUCUUGGACUAUGCAUCAGAUAUUAUUCUUAAUACAGUUUGUCGUAAGUAUUAAAAUCUCUACUACUAUGGAUAUGUGUGAAUGUGGAAUACAUUGUACCAUACUAUUAUACUUGCAGUGAUUACUAUUAGUAAUAUUAUUGAUGUUUUAUUGCCUUUUUAGAAACAACAAUGGAUUACAAUCUCGACUCUCAGGCAGAUAUGGGAUUCAAAAAGAGUGUCGCAAUGUAAAACAUUUACAUAUUAACGAACUAAAUUACAAUUAAUAUGUUAGGUCAUUUGGCUAUGGACUAAAAAAAUUAUUUAUUUGCAGGGGUUUUGAAUUGAUAGUUAAUAGAGCAACUAAAGUUUGGUUGUAUCCUGAAAUUAUAUAUAAUCUUUAUAUCAAAUUGUUUGACUAUGAAAAAUAUUACACAAAUGUACAAAACUUACCAAAGCAUGUAUGUGUAUGUGGGAUAUAAAAAUAGAUAAAAUGUUUUUUAACAUUAAUUUUAAUUUUUCAGAUAAUCGAGAAAAAGAAAAAUGAAUUAGCACAAAAAUUUAAAAAUAAAUUCAGAACAGACACAGAUCUAAAGGAUGGCGAAAGUAAGUGAUAGUUUUAAUAAAAUACUACCGGAUAGUUUUUUAUUAACCAAACUGUAGGUGGUUAUCGUGUCAUUUGAGUUAAGUCAACAAAAUUGAUAAAUUUAAAUUCUGUAAUUGUACAAGUUUUUAUAACUAAAAGUGGUAUUUUUUUAUUUAAAUUAUUUAGAGAAAUGUUUUAAAGGAUUAGUAGAAACUUUAAUGGACUCAAACAAAGCCGAAUUGGGCUUAAGUGAUGAGGAUAUUAUGAGUCAUGUGAUAACUAUAGUAGCGGCUGUAAGUUCAAAAUACUCCAAAUACUAUGCAACCACAUGCAAUAAAUAAUUUUUAUUUUUUUAGGGUUUCGAAAGUACUUCAUUGACCGUUAGUUAUUGUCUUUUGUUAUUAGCUAUCUAUCCGGAUAUUCAAGUAAGUUAUUAAGUUGUUUUUGCUGUUUAAAAAGUUUGAUAUAAAAAUACGUUUCAAAAAUAUUAUUUAAGGACAGAGUUUACGACGAAAUUUAUAGCAUAUUAGGUGACAGUGAUGAACCAAUUACUAUCGAACAAACGACUAGUCUAGUUUAUUUGAAACAAGUAAUACACGAAACUCUCCGUUUAUUCCCGACUGCACCAGUUAUGGCGAGGCAACUGCAAGAUGAUGUCACAAUUGGUAAGAAAAAAAUGUAUAUUAAAAUUUAUAAAACAAAAUAAAAUAACAAUUGAUUUUAGUUACAGGUAAUCACACACUGCCGAAAGGAACAUUAUGCGGUAUAUCUCCUUUGAUUACACAUCGGAAUCC